AUCGAAUGACAAAAAAAAGGUAAGCAUCUCAUAGGUUAUUUGAAUUGAGGUCGAAGGGGAGAUUUGGGGUCGGUUGGAUUUUUAGAGUUUUUUUGUUGUUACCCUUAGAUAACUUCUCCUCCUCUCCUCGUCCUUUGUGUCCUUUGAGGUGAAAGGUAAAAGGUUGUCGGGAAAAUUGUUCUAAAAAAAUGGAGAUCAACUCAUCAGUGGAAAAAGUUACUUCCAAUUAAUCGUCUUCUCUGCAAACUAACUAACUGAUUAAAUUGUUUCGCCCCAAUAAUGUACAUCAAUUUAAAGUCUUUAAAUGUUACUGAUUGUUCAACAAUUAGAUAUCAAUGUGUUUCCAUUAAUCAGAAAAUCAGUGACAUCAAGAAGGAUUGUUUCAAAUUGUUCAAUUGUGAUCAUGAUUCUCGGAUUAGACUUUUUUUUCAUGGUAAAGAGUUACGAGAUUCACUUACUUUACUUGAUUAUGGAAUAAAAAUUAAUGAGAUUGUUCACUUUUGUACUCAAAAAGUUGACAAUCAAAUUAAAUCAGCUGAGAACAAGGAAAACAGUGAAAAGGACAAAUUAUCAUCAGAUGAUGAUUUAAAUGUGACAAGUGAUGUAAAUGAGCACAAUGAUUAUACCAAAAUUGAGAGAGAUGAUUACUAUUCAAUUGGUGAUCAUGUUGAUUGUCUUCACCCCGAUAUUGGUGCUUGGUUUGAGGGACGAAUCGUUGAUCUAUUUCGUUCCGUUGGGAUCAAUCAAACGAUUUAUGAGAUCAAAUUUUGGAAAUCAUCUUUACCAGAGACAGUUAAGGUUAACAUUAACGGAAGACCUCAAUCAAAUCAACAGAUCAGAUUAAGUGAAAUUAAACCAGGAGAUUUACUUUUAGCCAAUAGUAAUCUAACUAAUCCAGGCCAAUUGGGCUAUUGGUACGAUUACCUGAUUACCAGUGUAAAUAUUAAGAGGAAAUUAGUCCAAGGGAUACUUUUUAUCGGCGAUAAGGUCACACUGGACGAUCAUCGUUUAACUGGUAAUUCGGUUUUCUAUGUGACCCAAGGCAAUUUACCAUCAGUAGAGAGAAACAAUCGCCAAGCCAAAUUGAUCGCCAAUGGGUCAGAGAAGAAAAGAAUCACAUUAAGUGAAUGUUCAAAUUGUUCCGAUGAUCCUGAUUCUCUUUGCACUGAGUGUUCGUGUAAAUUUUGUGGAUCUAAAGGUGACCCUGAGAAGCAGAUUGUCUGUGAUGAAUGUAACAAUGUUUUCCACCUUUGGUGUUUACCCCAAGCCCUUGAAUCUCUUCCGCCGGAAGAUGAAGAUUGGUAUUGUUAUAAGUGUAAGAAUACAGAUGCCGUUGACAUUGAGAUGAAAGAAGAAGCCUCUAGAUUGGCUAAAGGGUUGAAAAGGAAAAGGAAAUCACCUUCAACCUCAUCAACUUCCAGUGCAAUCAAUUUGAAAGAAGCCGAUGACAAUGUUAACACUAAUAGCACUUCAUCACAUCAAACCCUCUCUUCCGGACAGCUAUUAGCUAAUUGGGGCCGGGGUAUCAGUUGUAUUGGACGAACAAAAGUUUGUGAGGUUGUACCCAAGUACCAUUUCGGUCCAAUCCCUGGAGUUCCUGUUGGAACAAUUUGGCGAUUUCGAUUUCAGGCCUCAGAGGCUGGUGUUCACACUCCUUUGGUCGCUGGAAUUCAUGGUAAACAAUCAAUCGGUGCCUUUUCAAGUUUUUGCUGUGGGUACGAGGAUGAUAUUGACCUGGGCGAGGAAAUUUAUUUCACUGGUUCGGGUGGCAAAGAAUCAUCAGCAAGUAAAUGUCGAGUUGGUGGACCACAAAUAAAAGAUCAACAAUUAACUCGAUGUAAUAAAUCUUUGGCUAUUAAUUGUUAUGCUCCAUUUUCGGAUGAAGGCGCUAAUUCAGGUCAAAAUUGGAGAUUAGGUAAACCGGUGAGAGUUUUAAGAAGUGGAAAUGCUCGAGGGUCAACUAAAAAAUCUCCCUAUUUACCUAAACUUGGUGUUCGAUAUGAUGGAAUCUACAAAGUGGUCAAAUAUUGGUCGGAAAGGAAGACAAAUGGCCUGUUAAUUUGGAGAUAUCUUCUGAGACGGGAUGAUGAGGCGCCUUCGCCAUGGACGAAAGAAGGUAAAAGAAAAAUUCGAAAGCUCGAAUUAUCUCUCAUCGAACCUCCAGGUUAUGUUGAGAGUCUUUCAGCCAAUCCCACAAAUCGAAAACGUAAAAGAUCAACAAACAAAUCAAUCGAUUGUAAUUACGAUCAACAAUUUAAACGAAGUAAAAUUGUUCCAUACAAAGUACCUUCAACAAUCGUCGAGUUAAUUAAUCAAGAUACGAAAAACUGUCACCUCUGGGAAGAAAUAAUCAAAUCAGCUCUCGAAGGAGAAAAGGCUUUUCUCUGGCGAGUUGAAGAGUCAUUCAGAUGUUCCUGUUGCUUGGACAUUGUGGUCAAGCCAAUUACAACAUUCUGCUCGCAUAAUAUUUGCCAGGAAUGUUUCAAUCACUCAAUGAAAUCAUCAGUUUCAACAUGUCCAAUUUGCAGAGCCGAGUUAAUUAACAAGACUAAACCUGAAGUUAAUCAUUGUCUUGAUCAAAUCUUGAUUAAAUUAUUCCCUGAUUACCAUGAGAAAUCAACACAACCACCACCGUCAAUGGAUCCGUGAAAUUAUCAAUAUUAAUUAUCUUUUCUUCAUCCAUUUAAUUAACCAUAUGAUUAACACUUCAAUUCCGUUAAUCAACCUGCAAAUUAAUCAAUCAGAUCUUAUUAUUUUGUUAUUUUCGAUACAACAAUUAACAAAUAAAUCGUUUGUUAGCAUCAUCAUAAUCAACUUCGUUCCUUUAGUUUCUAUUUACCGGAAAGCGAAUAAUUUUCAAUUAAUUAGAUUAAUCAACGAUUAACUUGAUUAGCGAAAGAAUCGCUUCUCGAUUUGAAUAACUUUCUAUUGGUGUUUUCGAUUUCAGGUCAAAUUGUUGUAUCGAAAAUCGUAUUAAUUUUUUGAGAGAAAAUGAUCAAUCAGAUUAUUAUGAUUAUCCAACAUAAUCAAUUGUUUAAUUGAUUCAGUUUCUGAUUGUCAAUCAAACUUUCAAAUGAUCACCUGUAUUUAUUUGUAACAAUUUAAUUGUUUACAUGUCGAUUGUUACACAAUUGAAGGUCAGAAAUUAAAUUGUGAUCAUUAUUAAAGUGAUAUUUUAAUUGUCACAUUGUUUUUCAACAAUUCUUAACUAUUAGCUAAUUCAAUUGAAAAUAUUUUCUGCUGAUCAAUUGAUUAUCGGUAAUCACCUUUUUCCACUAAUCAAUUUACUCAUUUGAUAGAAAAAUAAAUUGUCCAAUUUGAUAAUUUCAAUUGUUAUUUUCGAUUCAACAAUCAAAUCUAAUUGUGGUAAACCUGAACACCAAUGAUCAUCAAAUUGUAAUUAUGUCAACUAAUGAUCACUCCUACAAUUAGUGUAACAAUUAAGUGCUCAUCGAAUUGUUUAUAAAUAGUAAAUACUUAGACAAUUGUAAGAUCACAAUUAGCCAACAAUCAACGAGAAGAAAACAAUUAAUUGAAAGAAAGUGAAAAGAUGAUAUUAAAUCAACAGCAAACAAUUUAUUUGAUCACAUUUUUAAUUGUAAUUGCUUUUUGUUCAAUUAAUUGUAACCCAAUUAACCAAAUCAAUGUAACCAACGGUCUAAUUGGAUCUGAUGAUCAACUAAAUCAACAACCAAUCAACGAAACUGUGAUUAAAUCUCGACAUCAUCAUUGGAUGUCCGAUGGUUAUGGUUAUGGUUAUGGUUACGGUUACGGUUAUCCAGUUAUGCCAUUAAUGGGUUUUAAUUACUUCUGGUAAUCACCAAACAAUCAACUGAUUAUCCAUGUUAAUAUGAUUAACAAUAAAUUGUAAUUUGUGUCCAUCUAAAUUGUCAAUCAAAUUGUAAAGUUAAAAAUGUAACAAUUUUAAAAAAUAAACGAAAAUCAAACAACAAUUAAGACAAACAAUCUAA